AUGCCGGGUACCGUGAACAUCUUCAAAGAUAUCACUCCUGAGAAGGUACAAGCCAUCAUGUUGUUGGCUGGAAAUGGCAUAUCAGCAGCGUCAAACAUGGUUCAAUCUGAAGUUCAGGCACCUAGCUCAAAGUUUGCAUCAGAUGAUGAUGGCGUGCCUAUGAGUCCACCUUCAGGGAGUGACUCAGUUUGCAGUGAUGAAUUCCUGACUGCUAAAACAUCCAGAGGCCCUACUCCUACCACUUCUGCUAGCAAAGUGGAGACUCCAAAAGGAGUCAAUGCAACCACCAUGUUUCCAUCAGCUAUACCGCAGGCUCGCAAAGCAUCAUUGGCUCGAUUUUUGGAAAAGCGAAAGGAAAGGGUGACGAGUGCAGCACCAUAUAACCUCAACAAGAAAUCUGAGGAUGCACCAUCGCUGAAUCCAAUGGCUGCUAACAACUCCGCAACUACCGGUACUAGUGCGCCGUUAUCAAAGCAAGGAUAA